UCUCCUUUCCCGCCCCUGCGCUCCUCUUUUCCCUUCCCCUCUGUCCUCUUCCCUCCCCCUCUGCCCUCUCCCUUCCCCUCCCUCCCCCGCCCUCUUCCUCUCCCUUUUCACCCUCUGCCCUCCUCCUCUUAUCCUCUGUCCUCCUGCUUUUCCAUCUAUCCUUUUCCCUCCCUCUUCCCUCCUCCCUCCAGCCUUGUUUUCCCUCCAUCCCUCUUCUUUCCUGCAUCCUUUUCCUUCAUUCUGUCGCCUUCCACCACUACCUCUGCAUCCUCCUCCCCUGCCUCACCAUCAUCCUCCCUUCCUCAUCAUCAUCCUCCUUCCCUCCUCCUCUCCUACUUUUCUCCGCCCCCAGCCCCCGCCCCCGUCCCCAAGCCUCCGCCCCUUAGCCCCCGCCCCCAGCUGCCAGUCCCCAGCAGCUCAGUCCUGCAGUGAGAGUCUUGGGAGUCCAUAGCUAAGCACCAGGAGCUGAGCACUGCCCGCUGUGCCUGCCUGCAAGUCUGACAUGGCUCACGAGAAAAUGGAGCUGGACCUUGAGCCUGACACAUCUUAUGGGGGAACCCUGAGGAGAUCCAGCAGCGCUCCCCUAAUCCAUGGGCUCAGUGACCUUUCACAGGUUUUUCAACCUUACACACUUAGAACUCGGAGGAAUAGUACAACGAUUAUGAGCCGUCACAGCCUGGUAAGUAUAGAAUCUCCUGUUGGAGAGUCUUCCUGCUCUCUUGAAACUGUGUCAUUGCAUGUUACGUUUACCCUGAUAGUUGCAUUUGCUUAUAAUUCUUUUUGCUUUGUCUUCAGUUCAGAUAUUUUGGAUGGCAGUAGUAGCAGCAGUGGCUUAUCCUCAGACCCGCUGGCUAAAGGCAGCGCUACCACAGAGUCUCCAGUAGCAUGCUCCAAUUCAUGCUCUUCGUUCAUCUUGAUGGAUGAUCUCUCACCCAAGUGACUUAACCAUUUCUGAUUCAACGUUUUAACUGCUGUUUCCUACCUAAAAUGUUUAGUGGGGAACGCAGAGAACUUUGAUCCAUAAUGAGGAUUAAAGUUUUACAGAUUUCACCCAUUCUGAUGCUAUUAUUACUCUUUGGGCAUCUCUCUUCUCCAAAGUUCAAUUUUGUGAGCCUAAUGACCUGAGCUAAUAAUCUGGUUUUGCUGAUCUCAUUUUGGAUUUAGUGAUUAAAUCUCAACUGCUCACUUUUGAUUGCUUAGAGGAAGUUUUUUUUCUUAGUGCCUCAACACCUAUUUUGAGUUUAUACAUUUAAGAAAGGCACUGAUACGUAUUGCCUUUUAAUGGUUCUUUUCCGCAGCAGUGAUACGACAGAUUUGAUCAGAAAUUCUCUUGCUUGAGAGAUAUUUUUUUGUUUUGUUCUUCAUUGACUACAUAGUUUCAAAUCUCUAGUUCAUAAUAUAUAAAUUGCUUUUAAUUAUAUUACAUUUUUAUUUUUCUGCAUCAGCUUAAAAUACAUUAUUUUGUUUCCCUUUCCUGUUUGAGCCGCUUAUGCCAUUUCUCACAGAGGGGAAUACGUAGUUGCUUUCAUUACCCUUAUUGCUUCUUUGCUGUUGGGGUGUGUGAAGUGAGCAUUGAUUUUAGUGCUGAGAAUGUAAACGGACUUACAGGAUGCUUGGAUUAGUCACCACAGGUUCUUAUGACUUUGCUACCACAGUUGAUGUAUUUCUCCUCAAACCUGUUGCCCUAAGGAAUAUAUAAAAUAUUGUUGAUAUUUCUAGGUGGUGUUAUCAAGGAGAAGAAAUUCCUGCCUUGACCCGAUGUGUGGAGCAUCUACAAAUGAAUGAAUAGUUAUUUACACACAAACCACUGUGUACAAAAGCGUCCAUGGAGCUGUCAGUGUCUCGGGUGGCAUUAUGAGGCCUCAGGUGCCUUGGGGUACAUUGUCAUGCUAUAAGGGAUGUAUAUCAUAAGGUAUGGUGGAAGAGGGGCCUUAUGUGUAUGAUUGCCACAUACUGUUUCUGUUGCUGCUUUUUUUCCGAUUCCUUUUUGUCAUUGGAUUCGUUUGUUUUGUCAUGUGGUGAAUGGUGUUUCAGUUAAUUGUGUUGCCGCCAGAAUCAGAAUCCAGUUCUUGUUCAUACUGCCUUAUAGUUAUUGUGUUGCCACCAGAAUCAGAAUCCAGUUCUUGUUCAUACUGCCUUGUAGUGAGGGCAGUUUAAUAUCUACGAAGAAGCUUUUAGGAGCUGAAGAAGUCAAUGUGAUUGUGCGUUCUGCUUUUAAGAAGCUGUUUCAGCUAUGAACUGUGUACAUGCUCUAAGUGUGAAGUACCAUAAGUUAUUUAAUUUUUAAAAGAGGAAACUCCUGAGUGAGCUGUUUAAGAAAUCUGAGUGUAAUCUAUUGUUACGUUAUUUAUAACUAGGUAAAAUGUCUGUCGUGAUAGAUUUCUUUUAAUGUUCAGAUAUUGUGGUUGGGUUAUCUAUAUUUAAUAUGCAGAUUUGCCUGCUGGAAUCAUCAUAAUCCAUUUUAAAGUGAAUGUAAGAAAUGAAAACUACUGCAUUUGUGUCUUUUGAAGGCAAAGAUCCUUGGAUUUUAAAGGAAGAUUAUGUGCUUUGAAGGCACUCAGAGACUAGUAAUAGCAUAUGGCUUGAAGGGAAACCCAUUCUCUUUCAAUUACAAGAGAGCAUCACUUAGCGUGCAGUAGUUCUGUUAUAGCAUCCGAUGUGUCCUUUAUUUUAAAUUGUAACCAUAACAGCCAUUAAUGGCUUUAUUUCUUGUAUUGCUCUCAUCUGGGAAAAGUCUACUUCUUCAAACGUAACAUAAAUAUAUCUAUUAUGAAGCUUGUCCCCUAGUAUGCCAUUAUAAAGAAAAAAUUCUUCGAUAGUAUGCGGUGUAUCUAUUCUGUUUGUAAAGGAUCAUGUCAAAAUGUUCUGCCUCUAUAAUGAUAAUAGAUGGUUUUGUCUUUCAGGAGAUUUAUCCACCUACUGUCUUCUUUGCCUUAAAGGGACACUUGGCCAUCAUUUUUAGACUCAAACUUAACACUGUUAAGAAAUAACUGAAAUAUGAUGGCACUUACAUUAAUUUUUGAAAUUCAAUGGUGGGAUAGAAUUAGGUCAGGAAAUGGAAAUUGUUCCAGUGGUGUGAGAACUAGGAGACAAGAUGAUUCACUUUAUUAUUUAAACCAAGCUUCAUUUUUAGUUUUUGUUGUUUAAAUGAACUGGAAAGUUAAGUUUUUGCAGGGAUUGUUUUGAAAUAAAGAGAUACGCUAACUCACAGAUGAACUUUGUUGAUAAGACCCCUUUAUUUUUAUAUAAAGUCUAAUAUUUGAAAAGUGAUUGUUAUAAAGUAAAAUUCUCUCUUCCUAUUCUAAUAUAUAUCAUAUAUUUCAGGCUUCUAUUUGAAAACAGGUAUAAGAGAUGAUAUGAUGGAACCCUAUCAUGUUUUUUGCUUGAUUGACUUAUAUAAUCACUGUUUCAUGAUUACUGCUUUUGGAAUAAUAGGAAGUUUUGUGAAAUGCUGACCUUGUGUAUACCUUAGAAUAAAUUUAAUAAAGUGUGUAUACAUGCAUAAAAUUUA